AUGAGCUAUAAUGAAGCCAGCCAGCUCCCAUCCCACUCCCUCAGUGUAGCAUCAGACCCAAGAAUCCUCUGUGGACCUCAGGGUAACACCAGUACAGCACCAGGAAGAGGUAUCAGAAUCAAGGACAUUCUCAAAGAAGAGGAGACGCUGACACACUUCUUGGUGCACACCUUUGGCCUGCCCGAGUCUGUGGUCUCCCUUCUGAUGAACUCCCAAGUCCGACCUGAGCAGUUUGCCUACGGGGUCCCAGACCUGAUGCUGAAAGACAUUGCCUGCAGUGAAGCCCUGCUAAACCGGUUCAUCAUCUUUGGCCAGCUACAAGGGGCUCGGACUGUCCAGAGAGCCAUGUGCCCUCUGUCCCAAGGCAGCCUGCAGUGGGUGGAAGAUGCCCUGUAUUCCAAUGUGGAUUUCUUUAAGCUCUUUCAGCUGCUAGCCGAGCGGCCAAGCGUCCAGGACCUGCUGUGGGUAACUAGACCUCUCCUGCAGAACGGGGAGCUGGAGUCAUUUAGCCAAUUGAUGAGGAUCCUCUCUGAGCUCCUGUGUGGUUACCCAGAGGGGGGUGGCUCCAGAGUGUUUUCCUUUAACUGGUAUGAAGACAACAACUACAAAGCCUUCCUAGGCAUAGAUCCUUCCAGAAAAGAUCCUGUCUAUUCUUAUGAUAAAAGGACAAACGAGGAACCUUCGGCUCAGUGCCGAAGAGCAAAACUCUUCUGGGGAAAGCUAGGACUGCCCCGAUGGGAUGCCAACUCGACCUUUGAAGAGCUGGCGCGUGUUCGGCAGUUCCUCAAGGCUUGGGAAGAAGUGGGGCCCCAGAUCUGGCAUUUCUUCGACAAGAGCACCCAGAUGGCCAUGAUCCGAUGCUUGCUCCUGGAUAAAUUUGAAAGUUAUGAUGAUGAAAUCCAGCUCACCCACCGAGCCCUCUCCCUGCUGGAACAGAAUCGAUUUUGGGCCGGAGUAGUGUUCUCUGAUAUCUCUCCUUGGAACAGCUUACCACCACGCCAUGUGAAGUACAAGAUCCGCAUGGACAUAGACGCAGUGGAAAAAACAAAUAAGAUCAAAGACAGAUACUGGGAUCCUGGUCCAAGAGCUGAUCCAGUGGAAGACUUCCGUUACAUUUGGGGCGGGUUUGCCUAUCUCCAGGACAUGAUUGAACAAGGGAUUAUAAGGAGCCAGACCCAAGCAGAAGUGCCCAUCGGAGUCUAUCUGCAGCAAAUGCCAUACCCCUGCUUUGUAGAUGAUGUCAGCUUUAUGAUCACUCUGAACCGCUGCUUCCCGGUCUUCAUGGUGCUGGCCUGGAUCUACUCUGUAUCUAUGGUGGUGAAGAGCAUCGUGCUGGAGAAGGAGAUGAGGCUAAAGGAGAGCUUGAAAAACAGGGGAGUCUCCAAUGCUGUCAUCUGGUGCACCUGGUUCCUGGACAGUUUCUCUGUCAUGGCAAUGAGCACGUUCCUUUUAACGACCUUCAUCGUGCAGGGCCAGGUCCUGCACUACAGCAAUCCGGCCAUCCUCCUGCUGUUCCUCCUGGUGUUCUCCGGGGCCACCAUCACGCAGUGCUUCCUCUUCAGUGCCUUCUUCUCCAAGGCCAACCUGGCAGCGGCCUGCAGCGGCCUACUCUACUUCACCCUCUAUCUGCCCCACGUCCUCUGCUUCGCUUGGCAGGAACAUCUGACCGUUCAGAUAAAGGUGGUGCUGAGCCUGCUGUCUCCUGUGGCCUUUGGGUUUGGCACCGAGUAUUUGUCUCGCUAUGAAGAGCAAGGCGUCGGACUCCAGUGGGGCAACAUUGGCAAGAGCCCCAUGGAAGGCGAUGAGUUCAGCUUCCUGCUUUCCAUCAAAAUGAUGCUGAUUGAUGCCAUCCUUUAUGGCUUCCUGGCCUGGUACUUUGACCAAGUAAUUCCAGGGGACUACGGAACGCCACUUCCUUGGUAUUUCCUUCUGCAAGAGUCCUAUUGGCUUGGAGGGGAAGGAUGUUCAACCAGAGAAGAAAGAGCCCUGGAAAAGACUGAGCCUGUAACAGAAGAAAUGGAAGAUCCUGAUAACCCCGGGGAGAGACACGAUACCUUCUUUGAGAGAGAGCUCCCUGGACUGGUCCCCGGCGUGUGUGUGCAGAAUCUGGUGAAGGUCUUUGACUUCCAAGGCAAGCCAGCAGUGGACCGUCUGAACAUCACUUUCUAUGAGAACCAGAUCACUGCCUUCCUUGGGCACAAUGGCGCUGGGAAAACUACCACCAUGUGUGUACUUGGGAACCAUCCACAGCAGCAUCCGCUUUCCACCUGGGGAUGGGGGCGGGGGAGCGCACACCUUUCCCAGGGAUUCCCCUUAUGAGCCCACCCUUCCUUCAGCCUGGCUGUUAAACGGUUUCAGUUUUAAGUUGGGGAGAGCUGCAUGGUACAGUUGAUAAGAGAAUUGGGUCUGGAAUCUGCAAUUCAAACCCAGCCUCAGACACUUUCUAGCUGUGCACGUCAUUUAAUUUCUACCCACCUCAGUUUUCUCAACUGUAAAAUAGGGUUGAUAGUAGUGCCUCCUCCCAGGCUUGUUGUGAGGAUCAAAUGAGAUAACUAGAAAAUGCUUAACACACUGCCUGGCACACAGUGGGUACUGAAUAGUAAUUGUCCCUUCCCCACUGAUUCUCUUUUAUUUUUGUUGGGGGUCGCAAAAGGAAUGAAAAUGUGAUUAUUAAUACAGAGAACUCCCAGUAAGGAAACCCCCUUCUACCAAUGCAAGCUGGCACCCACCCUUUCACUCCUCAGAGAGGAUCGUCUGGGGCACGGAGAAGUCACUGGACUUGCCCGAGUUUAGAUGGCUACUGUUAGUCUCAGCCCAGGCUUCCAGGCAGUUCCUCCCGGGCAGAGACCCGCCCCUGUCCUCCUGCACCAGGAUACCAUUGCCUUGACUUCCGCAGAGCACCUUCUCUUAUCUAGGAAACUUGCUCUGUCUUCUUAGCAGACUGAACUCUCUGAGGGGGAUGGCUUUGAUUUUGUACCUCUGCCAAUGUCUUGCACACACCACCUGCUUUAUUCAUAGGAUUGCAGAUUCAGAGUUAGAAGUGAAUUCCAGAUGAUUCAGUUCCCCAUUUUACAAGUGAAGAAACUGAGGUGAACAGCUCCAGGUGAUCCAGCUCCUUAUUUUACAGAUGAAAAAGUUGAGGCAAACAGUUAUGUGACUAGCCCAGGAUCCCACAGCUAAUAAAUGAUUGGGCUGGAUUUGAACUCAUGAAGAUGAGUCCUCCUGGCUCCAGGUCCAGCACUAUAUCCACUGAACUACCUGGAUACCCCUUCAUGACCUCAUUUGACCCUCACACUAAAGGUCCUUUGUAACAUAAUGGGAUCCCUUCCUCUCUUUCCAGUCUCUCAUCCUUCCCCUCGUCUUCUGCUUCAACAACACUGGCCUCCUGGCAUUUCCUCAGAGACAAGCUGACCCAUGAUGCUCUGUCUCCCGACAGUGCCCCCCCCCUUCCCUCUGAUGUCCUUGCCGUCUCCAGGCAGUGGCCCCUGGCUGGCUCUGCCUUCCCCCUCUGGUGUCCCUGUUGACUCUCUCUCUCGGGUCUGCCUCGGGCUUCACAUCUUGUCUCUCACUGAGCUCUGGGGGUGGGUGGGGAGGUAAGUGAUCCCUGUACCUUUCCUCCAGCCACCAGGACCAGCCCUUUGUAGGAAAUCACUCUCUCCGAGUGUCCCGUGGUCAUGGAGGAGUGAACUCCGUUUCCCCACAAGUCCCGUUGCUUCCUUCUGGCCUAUGGUACAGAGGAGAGUCACGGGAGCCCGUAGAGUCGUAGUUUAUGGAGGACAGGCCCGGCACAGCCGGACAGAGCUGGCCCAGGCUCUGGCAGUAAGACAACGUGGGCUGACCCUUGGCAAGUCGCUUAGCUAGGAAACGCUCUGGGACUCUAAGCGCAGAAUGGGAGAAGGGCCCCCGAAGUCACUGAAAACUAGAUCAAGACCAGCCGGGUAGGGAGAUGGAGGAGCUCCAACAAGAAAGCCUAAUGGCCCAGGCUCAGAUUCCAGCUGUGCUCCUUUUUUUUUAAAACAAUCAUUGAAGUUCUCAGAGUCUCAGCUUUCUCAUCUGUAAAAUGGGGGUGAUAGCUACCUCCCAGAACUUUGUAAGGUGUCUAUGAACGGAAGCCAUUGCUACAGCAACCAGCCUCUGAGGUCAGAGGGUGAUGCCUAGUUUCACUAGUAGGUUUGCUACUAUUCUUUAUAAUGAAAAGCAAUGUGAUGGAGUGAGUCAGGUGUUGGACUCAGAGCCGGGAAGACCUGGGUUCAAGUCCUACUUAUUAGACAUAUAACCUUGGGCAAUCCAUGUACCCUGUUUGAGCCUCAGCUUUCUCAUCUGUAAAAUGGGGACAGAAUAGCUCUAGCACCUCCCCAUUGGGAUCGUGGUGAGAAUCCAGCCAAUCACUAUGUGCAGCGCUUUGUUUGCUAUUUGUUUGCUAUUAUUAUGGUCAGAUGAUAGAUAAAUGGCCAUAAGGUCUCACCUUUGCAUAAUAGUUUUCGGGGUUUUUAAAAUUACUUUUGGGCGCACUUCUGCCUAGGUUUAAGCAUGUUCUUACAGAGCAGACUCUUAGAUGGGAGCAAGGAAAGCAGGACCGUCCCUGGGGCAGGUGGCAGCGAGGCAGGAUGGCCCCGAAGAGCCCGUGGGCGUCUCCCGACCAGCUAUCGGGCUCGCGGCCCGGAGCCACGUCCCCGGAGCAGCCCCGG